AUGGGUUUUUCCUCCCAAACGGACACAUGAGUCCAUCACUGGGAUGGACCCGAGGGCCGGGAUGUGCCCAUGCUCGGCACUGCAUGCAGGCUCUUCAGCCCUGGGAACAUCCCCCUCCAUUGCCCCAGGACUCAGAAAAAGCCAAGACAUUUGUACAUGCCUUCCUGAAGCGCAGCAUGCCCAAAAUGAAAGAUGAAGCUAUCCAGGAUAUGUUAACUAGGAAGGCWGUAGUUCUUGAGCAUUAUGCCAAAAAAAAGGUCAAGCAAAAGAGGAAGAAGACAAAAGGUUUUACUGCCAAGCAGAGGAGAGAGYUGCGUCUGUUUGAAAUUGAACCUGAACAGCAAAGAUAUGCCAUCUUCCUCCCACUCCAUGAGCUCUGGAAACAGUACAUCAGGGACCUGUGCCAUGGACUCAAACCCGAUGCGCAGCCCCAUAUGAUUCAGGGCAAGCUGCUAAAAGCUGAUCUCCAUGGAGCUCUUGUUACAGUUACAAAAUCGAAGUGCCCCUCUUAUGUCGGGAUAACAGGAAUCAUUCUACAGGAAUUUAAACAUGUUUUCAAAAUUAUCACUAAAGAGGACAAGUUAAAAGUUGUUCCCAAGCUCAACAACGUAUUUAGCUUGGAGCUUGAUGGAUUCAUUUCCUACAUCUAUGGAAGCAAGUUCUUGCUCAGAGCAAGUGAGCGAUCUGCAAAAAAAUUCAAGUUGAAAGGAACUAUUGACUUAURAUUUUAUGGAAAGUCAGAAGCAUUCACAGAAAUGUCUGCUGUYUUCCUGUAGUUCAAAGAGAAGAUUUUCUGGCAGAUUGGAAAAGCAACAGCCAUGUGAAAUAUUCAUAAAGCAUUUCUUCUUACUGAAGAAUAAGCAGUAUCUGCUGUCUUUAAGCAGUCUCUCAGACUGUUGAAAUUGGUUGUAUCUGUUUUGUAAUUUGUAUAUAAUGUUCUGGCUUUUAAUAAAGUUACAUGGUUAGUAUUAACUAUCUUCUAUUUUAGUUUCUAAUUGUAAAUUUGUACAGUGAAAAUUAUAUCUUGUAACUCUGUAAUAAAUACUAUUGUUGCCUUCUGUAUAAAUUGGGCUUUAGCUGCCUGUUUUAUGCUGGCAGUGAGAGUGCAGGUGGUGACAGCUGCUCUUUAUAAUCUUUGUUCCUGACCAACAUCAGCACCUUUG